CUCUCUAUCUAUCUUUCUAUCUCCAAUCACUCAUACAUCAAUCCUUUCUUCUUCCUCUUCAUCAAAUCAACGAUUGAGCUCAGAAUCCGCAGAACAAACAACACGAUAUGCAAGAAUGGCAAAAGCUCGCUCUAGUGGUGGUCUCAACCGGCGUUCUCGUUUCCGUUCUGAUCAUAAUUAUAAAAAAUUCCUGCCGGAGUCGAAAAAGCAGCGAUCUUUUGGAGGGAGUUGGGGGCGUCCAUCCCGUCAGCCUUCACCAUCUCGACAAAAAUGGCGUCAAGAAAACGGAUUACUUCGUUUGCCGGCGAGGGCCGCCGCCGCCGAAAUCCGUGUUCAGUUGGGCCGACCACCCGCUUCUCGUCACCGGCGCCGUCGAGAACGGGUGGUCGGAGUUUGGGUUCGCGGUUUGUGCUCCGCCGCCCCGGUUUGGCCGGAGAAUGGAGGUGGAGAUAAGCUGGGAGGUGUCUCAGGGGUCGCCGGAAUUUAUGCAGAAAAUCCAGUUCCGGCGAGAUUCCGGGAACUCGAAGAAAAUAAAGAGUGCUCCGUUAAUGGAUGAUGCUUUAGCUAUGGUGAAAACCGGUUUGCCUUUACCGGGCCCACCUUUAGGGAACUCGUCUUUCCCACAAGACGCCUAUUUUGAGAUCACAAUUUUGCCAUUUGACGAUCACGAAUUGAUGGGGAAGAUGAAGGAAGAUCAUCAUAGAUCAGAAGGGGAGAAAAUUAAGCUUAUCAGCAAUCAAUUUAACGCCAAAACAUCAAAUUCACUAUCACUGGUUCAUGUCGCCGGCAGUCACCUUCAAGAAAUCGGCGGCGAAGGAAAGGAAACGAAAAGGAGCGAUUUUGUUGCCUUAUCAAUAGGGUUAACCGCCGCCGCUGUUCCGUUUAAGCUUCCGGGGAACUAUCCUGGCUCCAUUGGUUUCAAUUCUAAUGCUUCUGUUUUUCUUGAUGGGAUGGAACUAGUGCAUGACUCUGAAACAGAAGAAUGGGGGAAGCCAGAGAAAGUGAUAGGGUGUGGGUACAAUCCAGCCCAAAAGAAAGUGUUCUUCACAGUGGACUCACAACUGGUGUAUGAAAUCCACUGCAAAUCAGAGGAAUUUGGGAGCCCACUUUACCCCAUUAUAGCAGCAAAUGCUGACAUUAAUGUUCUGGUAAACAUUGGCCAAAGUCCCUUCAAAUAUGCCCCUGCAAAUCUGCAAAGAACCCCAAACCCAUGCUUCAUUUCCCAUCUGCCAACCAAUUCUCCAUUGCUAGGGUAUGAGGACAGCAAAGAGCUUUUCUCCAUGGGGAGGAUAGAUUCUGAGUGGUUGAAUGCCAAAAGCAACACCACCACUGUGAAUAGCCUCAAGCAGCUUGAAUAUGACCUGGAAUCAGAAGGGGAUUUGUUUGAGAUAAUCUUGGAUGGUUCAGGAAAAUCCCCCCGAGCCACUUUAGACUCGGGGCAACCUCGGCCAAGUUGAUCAGACUGUUGUUUCGGUAACAGCAAGGUUACAAGUUCAACAACUCAACGAGAACUGCCUAUUAACUUUCUUGGUUUGCAGGCUAAGGUGAAAUAUACCCGGUAUACAUCCUUGGAUUAUGGCUGCAGGUUUCCCUCGUCAGUCAAAAAAAAAAACCAUUAUACUCAAGAAAGAACAUCAUCAGAUCUUGAUUAUGAAAUAUUGGUUUUGUACUUUUGUUUUAGUUUUCCUUCUGUUUUUUUGGUUGUAUAUGGGGGCAACUAACGCAAUUUUGGGAGAUUAAUUAGCAUUCAAGAUGAACAUAAUCUGUAGAUAGGCAUCAUAAUGGAGCUUUUUGACAAAAAAACAUGUUCUUUGUCAGCAGCAAAAACUGUGUGGGAAGAUGCUAGUUUCUUUCGGGAAACAGUACCUAAUAAUCCUAUAUAUGUCAGCUUCAGAUCAGUUUGUUGUGCUC